AUGGACUGGAGAAAUCAAACAUCAAUCACAGAAUUCAUUCUAGUGGGAUUCGGGAAUCUCCAUGAACUGCAGAUCCCUUUCUUCCUGGUGAUCUACAUUGUGACCAUGGCUGGGAACAUCCUUAUCAUUGCGCUAGUUGUGGCUGAUCAGUACCUCCACACCCUCAUGUACUUCUUCCAGGGGAACUUGUCCUGCUUGGAGACCUGCUACAGCUCCACCAUCUUGCCCAGGAUGCUGGCUGGUCUCCUGACUGGGGACAGGACUAUUUCAUUUAUCGAGCGCAUCACACAACUGUAUAUCUUUGGUUCUAUGGUAUCUGUGGAAUGUUGCCUCUUAUCAGCGAUGUCUUACUAUCAGUAUUUAGCGAUAUGCAAACCUCUGUAUUAUGCAGUCCUUAUGAAUGGCAGUGUCUCCUUCCACCUGGCAGCUGGGUUGUGGGUAAGUGGGUUUUUGGCUUGCACCAUCACAACAUCUUGGAUAUCACAAAUUAUUUAUUGUGGCCCCAAUGAAAUUGACCAUUUCUUUUGUGAUUUCACCCCAGUGACUAAACUGUCCUGCAGUGACACCCGCCUGAUGACUCUUGUGAUCUUCCUGUUCACUUACAUAUUAACACUACCUCCCUUUCUAUUAACCCUGGCAUCUUAUAUGUGCAACAUCACCACCAUCCACAGAAUCCCUUCCACUGCUGGGAGGCAAAAGGCCUUUUCCACCUGCUCCUCUCACCUCAUAGUGGUGACCAUCUUCUAUGGGACCCUGAUCAUUGUCUAUCUGCUACCAGACACCGACACACUGAGAGACCUGAACAAAGUGUUCUCUCUCUUCUACACAGUCCUGACUCCCCUGGCCAAUCCACUCAUCUACAGCCUGAGAAACAAAGAGCAAACUAUUUUGUAUACAGUUAUUGCACACUGCAAUAAAGUCAAGAUAAUGGGAACUCAUCUCAUUGUAUGA